GGAGUCAGGGUGUCCGUGGCCGACUCGUCCCGCCCCUGCCUCUGAGUGACAGGACCGUGGACAGCAACAUUUCCCGCGGGACACGAAGUUUGUCGGCCUCCGCCUUGGCUCAGCUGAGAAUUGUAUUUGCCAGGAGUGAAGGCAGAUCUGACUCAUUAGAGAAUUGGUUUGGACACAUCUUAUGUGUGGGUGGUCCUCCAGAUUUCAGACUUGGCAGCAUCAAGAACACAACACAAGCAGACAUUUCAGAGAUCAAAGAUGGGUCGGAAAGAUGCUUCCACGAUGAAACUUCCUGUUGAUCAGUACAGAAAGCAAAUUGGUAAACAGGAUUAUAAAAAAACCAAACCUAUUUUACGAGCAACCAAAUUAAAAGCAGAAGCAAAGAAAACAGCAAUAGGCAUAAAGGAAGUUGGACUUGUACUUGCAGCUAUCCUGGCCCUCCUACUGGCUUUCUAUGCUUUCUUUUAUCUCAGACUGUCCACAGAUGUUGACCCAGAAGUGCACAGAGAUGAAGAUUAGCUGGGCAUCAAUACAUUAAAGGAAAAUAAUUUUAUGAAAGAAUCUUUUGGACCAGUAUCUCUGAAGAAUUGGCUCUUGACUAUAAUGACUGCUUUCUUCUGAGACUUUCGGUUUGCAGAAAUAUCUUUUUAAACAGUCAUGUAAGACAUUAAGAAAUGAACUUACCUAUCAACACAAUAUACUGCUGGAUACUUUUAGAAAUAUUUCUACUUGGACAGACAUAUUAUACAUGGCACAUUUAGAUGAAAUUGAUAAUAGAUCCUAAACUUUUCAAACAUGCUACCCAGCUUACAUUUAUAACUCCACCAGUCAGAAAUGAGUAAAUUUACUCUUCUAUGAUUCUUGCAGGUAAACAGUAUUCGAAUCACAUUCCAAGGCUAAGAAGGAGUAAGUCCUGAAAAUGUUUAUUUUACCAAGAAGCCCCAGUUUCUUUCCAGACAUAUUUUAUAUCAUUAGAGAGACUAUCUGUACAUACAACUUCAGUAAUUUUUAUCCUUCCUUGCCAACUGUUCUGUGCACAUGUGCUCUGUCAGAAAUGGCAAAGAGUAGUGUAGUAGAGUUCCGUGCCUCUUGGGCUAUCCAAACUGAUGUAAAUAGAAAGUUCAGUUGAUCUUGGUUUUAAUUAACUUAUUACUCUAUUAAUAUAAGCUUGGAAUUCUAUUUUAAUUAUGUUGUUCUGGCUGUCUGCAAUAUCAGUUUGCCCCUCUUGUUAAGGAGAGAUGUAGCAAUCUGUCAUUUAAUUGUGCAGUCUUUUUCACACCCUACAAUUAGCAGAAGUCUUACCUCCUCAGAAUCAUUUUCUUGGCUGUCUUCUGAAUGUGAACAAUGUGAAGUUGUUUCGUGUGAUUAUAUUUUGUCUCUUGAGAGUUAAUUAGAACACUUUAGUGAAAAAUAAACAGUAGAAGAAAGUAUAAAACUCAUAUAACUCUCACAUGUACUUUUCUGUUUAUAUAUUUUGAUAUAUUUUGCAUUUGUUGGAGCAUAAUGACUAGUCUAUGCAAUAUUUUAUUGGCAACCAACAUUUUAAUACAUUUUCAAAAACAUGAACACAUAAAGCUCAGAAAAUUGGAAAAGAUCUACCUACAACAGAGUUACUAGCUACUACAUCAUAUAAGGAUGCAUAGAAAAAUAGAUUCUUUGAAAUCUAUGCACAAAAUGUUUAAUAUUGUGAAUAUAUGGUACAAAAUAAUAAAUUCAGUAUUAGAAUUGUUUCUGUACUUUCCAAGAUUCAAAAGCUUUGAUAAAUACCCAAGAAGCAUAUCAUAGCUUUGUAAGUGCAGCUUCUAAAAGGCAAGAUAUUCUUUGGUACUUAUGCAAAGAAGUUGAAUGUGUCACAGUGUAGUGUACAUUCUGUAGAAUUUUUUUAAAGCAGCAUCAUUUAUUUCCUCAGUGCAGAAACAGCCAAGGAUUCCAAUAUCCUCACAGAUUAUUUACGCCAAACAUCUGCGGGCAAAAUUUAGCCAGUGUUAUUUGCUAGAUUCUUCCUCAUGAACUCACAAACUGGAGACACAGAACAAGACUUCGUACACACUCGCCACAGUGGACCAAUCCAAGUGGCAUUUUUAGGAAAGGUUGCAGCAUUUUAUGCCAUGUGGUAUGUCUGUUCGUGAAGUGGGAGGCAAGGGAAUAUCCAAGCUGGCAUUUUGGAUAUGAUGGGCCUUUUACUUUCCUGAGUGACAUGCCACAUGUCAAGAAAUACUGCUUUCCUCUACUCUUAUCACAUGUACGUGAACAACUUUCAUUUACUUAUUUCCAUCCCAUAUGGUGUUAAAGAGUCACAUUAAAUAAAGGUUAUUUCUGGUUUUCAGUAAUAAUUUAAAUGAAAGGAUGUAAUAGUUACUUAUUAGUUACAUAUCCAAAUUAGCAGAAUUCAUGGUAUUUAAAAUAGAUCAUUAUACUCUUAUAAAUGUUUGAAAAUUCAUCAUUGUGAGAAAAACUAAACGAUUCUGCCAUACUCAUGGGGUGUUCUUUUGGGGAAAAUAUUGCUUCCUAUAGCAAUAAAUAUUAGUCUAAAUGUAACAUAAUUAUAGGCAAGUUUCAUUGCCUAAUUUAUUGGCAUCUAGAUUCCAUUCAUAUAGCUGAUUGAUUUAUGAUUACCCAGAGAAUCACAAGUCCCAAAGGCUUAAAAGAUUCGAUUUCUGUAAAUAGCAGGUAAAGUGGAAUAACAUAUAUUUACACAAUACUGUUUUCAUGAAAUGCAAAUUUCACCAACUCACGUUAUCUGGGAAGCAGCCAAUCCCUUGAAGAGCAAUCCAGAUUGAAAGACUGAUUUAUAUGGUUUGAAGAGAAAGGUGAUAUCUUCUUGCUAUUUCAGGGGACUAUACUUUUAAAUAAUGAGUGGUGUUUGGAAUAAAUAUCAGACUGGCAUCAGACA